GUCGCAAAAAAACUAACUUUAAUCACUCGAUGACAGCCCCUUUGCCCUAACUUUGGUGGCGGCUCGAUCCAUCCUUUUGCCCUAGCUUUGGUGGCGACGCAGAAGCUGCGAUCCGAGGACGGAGGACGUCGGUUAGGGCGAUUUUAGUCCUGGAUCAAAGAAAAAGCUACUCCUGGGAGAGAAAGGUCUUUUGCUAGUCAGCUAUUCGUCCACCAUGCCCAGCGCGUCAUCUUUGCAAAUUUCAGAUAGGAACAUUGAUAAUCAAGAAAGCAAUUGGUGGCUUCUCCCUUGUCAAGCUUGCAGGGUAUAGCUUCAAAAAUCUGAUGAUUAAAGAGUUGUCUAUGCUUCUUAACUAUAAGCACCACAGCCGCAAGCAGUCACAGACCGCUGAAGCAGCCGUGCCUUGUCGCCGGUGUCAUCUCGACCACGGAUCACGUGUCUCUGAGAAACGACGCAUCAUCUCGCCGACUCGACUGCCGGCUUUUGGUCAACCAUUCUCAGAAUUUUCAGCCGGAGUGACCAUCAAUCCACCCUCGCCGUCAACAUAAAGCGUGGCUUCCCACUCCUCAUCUUCGCAAGUAGCGUUCGUUGUCCUUGAACAACUACUGUACCAGUCAUAUAGUUUCUAAUUGCCACAGUUAUCAGAGUAGGGUUCUGGGCAUUUCAAGCGCCUUUGCCUAUUAAUUAUGGCCUCGUCCAGACAAUUUAAAUUAGCGAAGGAGAGUGAGCUCAGAGUCGAGGUUGGCCCUGACAUGCCCCUUCGCAUUCGCCUCUUCUCUGGCACAGCUGAAAUAUUCGGUACCGAGUUGCCUCCUAGCAAUUGGCUCUCCAUCUCACCACGCAGCAAAAUCGCAGUUUUCACUUGGAACGGUGCCACCAUCGAGUUGGAUGGAGUCAGCGAAGUGGAGUAUGUGGCAGAUGAGACACCCAUGGUGAGCUACGUGAAUGUUCAUGCCAUACUUGAUGCAAGAAGAGCUCAAGCAAAGGCAUCGCAUAGUAACAAUGUGGACUCUCUGCAGGGUCCUAGGGUGAUUGUUGUGGGACCCACAGAUUCUGGGAAGAGUAGCUUGUGCAAAAUGCUUCUAAGCUGGGCUUGUAAACAAGGAUGGAAACCGACCUAUGUGGAUUUGGAUAUUGGUCAGGGCUACAUAACUAUUCCUGGCUGCAUAGCUGCUACUCCAGUUGAGAUGCCUAUAGAUGCAGUGGAAGGAAUUCCUCUAGAAAUGCCUAUUGUGUAUUUUUAUGGGCACACAUCUCCUACUGCAAAUGGUGAUCUUUAUAAAGUGUUUGUGAAGGAGUUGGCUAGAACCCUAGAGAGGCAGUUCUCUGGAAAUGCUGAAGCUAGAGCUGCAGGCAUGGUGAUUAAUACUAUGGGAUGGGUGGAAGGCCUUGGUUAUGAGUUACUUCUCAAUGCUAUUGAUACAUUUAAUUGUGAUGUGGUUCUAGUCUUGGGCCAGGAAAAACUUUGCAGCAUGCUUAAAGAAGUUUUAAAAACCAAGCCUAAAGUAGAUGUUGUGAAACUCCAUAAAUCUGGAGGGAUAGUUAUGAGGAAUCAAAAAGUACGCCAAAAGGCUAGGAGUUUGAAAAUCAGAGAAUACUUCUAUGGGCCUAUAAAUGAUCUCUCCCCACAUUCAAAUAUUGUCAACUUUAGUGACAUUUCUGUUUAUAGAAUUGGUGGUGGCCCACAGGCUCCUCGUUCUGCACUGCCUAUUGGUGCGGAACCUGUAGCCGACCCUACUCGAGUAGUUGCUAUUAACAUAAAUCGUGACUUACUCCAUCUUGUUCUAGCUGUUUCAUAUGCAAAGGAGCCUGAUCAGAUUAUAUCCAGUACUUGGCGCAUGAAUAUAGUAGAAGCAUAGGAAAGAUCAAAAGACAUAACGAGUCAUGCAUAAAGGUUGUCUUUAGUUUUAUAAGUUAUUUUUCAUUCAUCUCUAAGCCUUAUGUGUAUUUUAUGAUACCCACUUUUCAAAUCAAUUUUUGAAAAUAAAAGAACCAACCAACAUAUGCAACAUAUCGUCAUGUUGGAUAAUUGGGAAUCAAUAUGUGAUGGUGAUUUUGUUGAUCGCAUGGCUGUUAAUACACAUGCGCCAACUACUAUUUUUUGUUUUUAUGCCAACAAUGCAGGCACAGCAUAUGAGUUUAGACUUUCACAAAUUAAACCCUUUGGCAAUUGCUCAUCCACUUGUCUUUCCAACUCUACGUGGUCACUUGUAUCGUUCAAUAGGCUGGUAAAUUGGGCAAAUUUGCACAUUGGUGGCCACAUGAAUGAGUAUCUCAAUUUGCUCACUAUCAAUUAACUUUCCUCAAACUCCUCACAGCUCGUUUGAUACCAAAUAUGAUGGAACACAAAAAGAAUGUUUGAUAGUUUGAAGAUAUGUGGGUAGGAAUUCAAAAU